AUUGUCAAUCGCAUCUGACUCGCUCUCUUUCCUUCCGCCAUUUUUUUCUUUCUAGGUUUCAGAGUUAAAGGAGAAGGUUUUUAAUUAGGGUUUUUGUAGAGAGAGAGAUGAGCCGAAGUUUGGGGAUACCGGUGAAGCUUCUUCACGAGGCCUCAGGUCAUAUCGUGACGGUGGAGCUAAAGAGCGGUGAGCUUUACAGAGGAAGUAUGAUUGAGUGUGAGGAUAACUGGAACUGUCAGCUCGAGGAUAUUACUUACACCGCCAAGGAUGGUAAGGUAUCACAGCUUGAGCAUGUCUUCAUUCGAGGCAGCAAAGUCAGGUUUAUGGUCAUACCAGACAUUCUCAAGCAUGCUCCAAUGUUCAAGCGCUUAGAUGCUAGAAUCAAGGGAAAGAGCUCAUCACUAGGUGUUGGCAGAGGUAGAGCUGCAAUGCGAGGGAAACCGGCUGCCGGGCCCGGGCGUGGAACUGGAGGAAGGGGAGCGGUACCACCUGUGAGGAGAUGAUUGAUUUUACGCUCAACAUGUAAGCUUUGAUUCUGAGACAGUCCUUCUGCGAUAUCCAGGUGAAAGCCGCCUUUCUUGGUUCUGUUAUCUAUGCUUUAGGGUACGCUGUAAAACCAAACAAGAGAGAACAAGAGAGAUAUGUCCAGAUGCACUAGUAGUUCUGUAUUUUGGGGUACCAAGAUGUUUAAAUCAUUGACAAGUUUUCGUUAUGAUCUUUUUUCUUUUUUGCGCA